GCUUCCGUUUCUGACGCCUGCCGUGCGAGAGCACUUCCGGCGACGGCGGCGGCUUCUGCAGCCGAGGCAAGAUGGGUCAGAGUCAGAGUGGUGGUCAUGGCCCUGGAGGUGGCAAGAAGGAUGACAAGGACAAGAAGAAGAAAUAUGAACCUCCCGUGCCAACCAGAGUGGGGAAAAAGAAGAAGAAAACCAAGGGGCCAGAUGCUGCCAGCAAACUGCCACUGGUGACACCUCACACUCAGUGCCGGUUAAAAUUAUUGAAGUUAGAAAGAAUUAAAGACUAUCUUCUCAUGGAGGAAGAAUUCAUUAGAAAUCAGGAACAAAUGAAGCCUUUAGAAGAAAAGCAAGAGGAGGAAAGAUCAAAGGUGGAUGACCUGAGGGGCACCCCGAUGUCAGUGGGGACCUUGGAAGAGAUCAUUGAUGACAAUCACGCCAUCGUGUCUACAUCUGUGGGCUCAGAACACUACGUCAGCAUUCUUUCCUUUGUGGACAAGGACCUGCUGGAACCAGGCUGCUCCGUCCUGCUCAACCACAAGGUUCAUGCUGUGAUAGGGGUGCUGAUGGAUGACACAGACCCCUUGGUCACGGUGAUGAAGGUGGAAAAGGCCCCGCAGGAGACCUAUGCCGACAUUGGGGGGUUGGACAACCAAAUCCAGGAAAUUAAGGAAUCUGUGGAGCUUCCUCUCACUCAUCCUGAGUAUUACGAAGAGAUGGGUAUAAAGCCCCCUAAGGGGGUCAUUCUCUAUGGGCCACCUGGCACAGGUAAAACCUUACUGGCUAAAGCAGUAGCAAACCAAACCUCAGCCACGUUCUUGAGAGUGGUUGGCUCUGAACUUAUUCAGAAGUACCUAGGUGAUGGGCCCAAGCUCGUUCGGGAAUUGUUUCGAGUUGCUGAAGAACAUGCACCAUCGAUUGUGUUUAUUGAUGAAAUUGAUGCCAUUGGGACAAAAAGAUAUGACUCAAACUCCGGUGGUGAGAGAGAAAUUCAGCGAACAAUGUUGGAACUGUUGAACCAGUUGGAUGGAUUUGAUUCAAGGGGAGACGUGAAAGUCAUCAUGGCCACAAACCGAAUAGAAACUCUGGAUCCAGCACUAAUCAGACCAGGCCGCAUCGACAGGAAGAUCGAGUUCCCCCUGCCCGAUGAAAAGACCAAGAAGCGAAUCUUUCAGAUCCACACAAGCAGAAUGACGCUGGCUGAUGACGUGACACUGGACGACUUGAUCAUGGCUAAGGACGACCUCUCUGGUGCUGACAUCAAGGCAAUCUGUACAGAAGCUGGUCUCAUGGCCUUGAGAGAACGUAGAAUGAAAGUCACAAAUGAAGACUUCAAAAAAUCGAAAGAAAAUGUUCUGUAUAAAAAACAAGAAGGCACCCCUGAGGGGCUUUAUCUUUAGGGAACCUCAGUUGCCUUCAAGGAAGUGGUCAAAAGGGCCGACCCUGGGGAGGGAGGAGGAGGGGGAGUUGCCGUUGCUCUUCAUUAUGUGCCCUGUGUACCUCUCUGAGCACCGCGUGCAGGAGCCCGACGUGCAGCGCUCCAUUCCCAAUAAAGCGAGUUCUUUCUCCA